CUCCUGGAUAUCAAAAAUGUGCGAACCAAACAUGGACAGUUCCCCAAACCCCAUCCUCCUACGCGUGAUUCCACACUCUGAAGUCAUUGCCGACCAUGAGGCAGUCAGAACCAGACAAGACACAGACGCAUACUCGCGGUCCCAGCGCUUCAAUACCGCCGACCACACCCGCGAUGAGAUCCUCCCUAUCGUCCCCGAGCCCCCCAACUUCACCCACUCGCCGCCGGACUGGAAGCUCUACUCGUACAUCCUCUGGCAGCCCCUCAUCGCCAAGAGCCAGCAUUUGACUUCCUCGGAAAGCGUCGUUUCUAAGCUCCCGAACUUCCUAUGGGAUGACUUGAUGCGGUGCUACGGCGCAUGGCUGUCCGGGGGCAAGCUUAGCGACGCACUGCUAGAAGACGUCGUCGAGAUGUGGACGUCGCAUCCAUCAGGGAAAGAGUUAAAGCGCUUAUUUGACGGGCAGAAGAAGUGGUUUGUGCGUCUUGCGCAGAUGUCGCCCAAGGAUUCUCCGCUAGAAGGGGCACAACCGUCGUUCACGCUGCGGGACGUUGUAGCCAAGGUGUGUAGUAGCAUGCGCGCACAUGGGUGUUUGCAACGGGAGAAGGAAGAUGCGGCUAAGGAGCAUCGUGAGAUGGAGAUUUAUAUCGUGGUAAAUAAGUGGGAUGACGAUAUGGAUCCGGCGAGGGAGUUCCGUGUUUUUGUUCCGCCAGUGCUUGCUGCAAAUCAACAAACAACACCACCAUUUCCACAGGGGCCGACGAUACAUUCGCAGGAGCCUACGAUCAGUGGUAUCAGUCAAUACGCAUGGCAUCGCCCGUUCCAACAAGUCUUGCCCAACUCCACCACUCUGGCUGCCACAGCAGAAAACAUUCACUCACACGCAAGGGAAAUCCUGAAUGACAUGGUAGAUUAUGCCCGCGAUAACUUUACCGACGAUGUAUCCUAUAUGCUGCUCCGAUAUGGGCUCACUUUUGAUAUUUGUGUAAAGGAUACAGGGGAUGGAGUAGAAGUACAGCUUUUGGAGAUUAAUCCUUUCGGAGCCAUGAGCGUUUGUGGAGCUUGCUUGUUCCAUUGGAUUAGGGAUGGAAGGGUACUUUAUGGGCUGGAGCCGGCGCAGUUUUUGGUUACUACGGACCCCUAGAGUAGAACUUACUCUCCUGUCAGCAGCAACAAUUACCGGCUUGAUAGAGAAGCGCUUCAAGCUGACUCGGUAGUGUUUUAGAGCAAUAUUGUGGUGUUGAAGGAGAGAGACGUUACUGUUGGAGGAAGAGGAAGGCUCACUGUCUUGCACAAACAUGCGCCAUUACAGCUAUCAGCCAGCUAAUUAUAAGUAUGUAAAUUUGUAGCUAGGUAGGUGACCGCUAGCGAAUACCUGCUGUUGUGUGUUUUUUUUUUCCCCUUCUUGUCCCUUUAUUUUUGUCGUACCUCGAGUUGUAUACGUAGAACUAAACCCUACGAGCCUUUGUAUAUGCUGUAUAGUAUAUUCAACGGAUGAUGUGCAAAUCAUUCCGGGAGCGGUUGAACUUGAGCUCUCAAAAAUGUUUCUUUUCCCGUUCAUCAGUGAUGACGUAACGCGUUUAUUCAUAAUGAAUGAAUAGGACUUCCGCAUAAUCGCUUGUAGCAGUUCCUCCCUACUAUUCCAAUUCGUUCAUAUCUCGCCUCUCAAUUUCGCUGUUCACUUGGCUCGACGCAAUUUCUUCUCUUUGAUCUUCAAUUAUUGCAUCUUGAGUUUGGGCAGGAGCUUGGGCUUCCUGCGCAAGUAUGCCAUCAUUAUUCCCAAUUUCUAUUAUCUCGAUCUCAAACCCAUCCGUAUUGUGCUCCACACUCGUACUUGGAGGCUGCGGGACGGCCGCACCAGCUAACUCAAAUAUCGGCGUUCCGGCGAUCUGAGGAACGUAUUCGUGUCUCUGCAAGGGAUUUCCAUCAAGUUCCGGCUUUGAAUGUAGCGUGGUGUUCUUUAUGUUACGUUUGAACCGCCUUCGAGGGCGAUGAUUUUUGAAAUGUCUCCUGGCUACCAGAUACGACAAUAGUGCGAUGCCGACCAAUACACCGAGAAAAAUUCCAGCGACUUGACCUGGGUCAAGUCCCCGAGGCUCCUUCGGAUUGUUU